AUGGUGAAGACUGUAGACCAGUACUUUGCUGGCAGCCGAAACGCCAUCCAGAACGCUAACGUCGGGCUGAUACUAGAUUCGGUUAUCGCCGAGCUACAACUGGACAAAAACAGAAAAUUCAUCUACGUCGAGAUAGCGUUCUUCGUCCGAUGGUGGAGACGACAGUCCCAAGCCACAAAGAGAAUCGUGAGGCAACUGGUGGCUGAAGGCCGACUCGAGUUCAUCAAUGCUGGUUGGGUCAUGAAUGAUGAGGCCGCAACUCUGUACACUGAUAUCAUCGACCAACACACUGCAGGCGCACUGAAGAUCGCUACAGAGUUCUCUACGGAUGCCUCUCCUCGAGUGGGAUGGCAAAUAGAUCCCUUUGGUCACUCCAGUUUCCAGAAUAAGGCCUUUAGGGAGAUGUGCUUCGAUGGUUGGCUUGUUGGCCGAGCUGAUGCUCAAGACAUGGCCAUAAGAGAGGCUACUGGAGCUCUUGAGAUGGUGAUCCCGUACCCAUUCAAAAUGGACGGUGUCAAAGUCUACAGGUACUCUCCUCCCACAGGAUUCAAUUUCGAUGUGCUCGGUAAUGAUCCACCUGUACAGGAUGACCCCAUGCUUGAGGACGUCAACGUCACGCAUAGGUUGGACUCCUUGCGCGAUAUAUGCUUGGACCAGGCUAAGUCUUACAACCCAGUGAACGGAGGGAGUGGGAAAAGCCAGAAUAUCAUCCUAACGAUGGGUAUGGAUUUCAACUACCAACAGGCGAAGACUUGGUUUCAAAACAUGGACAAGCUCAUUCACUAUUCGAAGUUAGUGGCCGACCAGCAGCUGAGCAACUCUAGAGAUAGCAGUCACAUUCUCAACUCCCGCCACGCGCAAUAUGAUGGUGGUGUCGGCCUCCCUAUUAAAGACAGCGAUGAGGACUUUUUCCCUUACGGAGAUGG